AAAUGUUGUUCUGGCGAAAUUGAUCGUAGGGAGAGACAAUAACUAAUAGAUUAGAAAAUAAAUAUGUAUCAGUUUUCUUUGAUUUUCAACGUAUUCAACGGCUCAACGUAUCUGUUUCCUAAUAACGUUGAUAAGAUUCCUAAUACUAUCAUUUAGAUGUAGUCUUUCUCUCAACUAACGCAGAUUGUUAACGCGUUUUUGCGCAGCAUUGCGCAAAGGGACGGUCGUGAACAGGCGCUGUGAUACAACUUCCGGUUAGCAACCAGACCUGACGCUGUCGCCGGUAUCCAAGUCGGAGUUUCAUACUGUCGAAUUGACGUAGUUGUUUACUAACAUUACAUUUAGAUGCAUACGUUAUGUUUUAUAUAUCGGGUAUUUGGAUGAAUAUUGGAUGAGUCGAUAUUUAGCGCAAUAAUCAAAUGUGUUUAACCGCCUGGUAACCAGAAGAAGAGCCGCUGUGAAGCUUACUGAUAUUUACUGUAUAUCAUAUACUGAUAAAAAAAAUGAGCCAACAACUCAAAUUCGUGGUUGAACAACUCAACAAAGAACCCUUCAAGAAGAACUUUAAUCUGAUCACGUUUGACUCACUUGAGCCAAUGCAACUACUGCAGAAUUUAAAUGAUGUUUUGGCCGAGAUUGACCCAAAACAAGCCAUCGAUAUCCGAGAGGAGCAGCCAGAGCAGACGGCUAAGAGGAUGUUUUCAAUGCUGGGGAUGCUGAAGUACAAGCCGCUGGGGCCCCAGGCAGACGCGAGCAGCUUCAGACGUGGCCUGGUGACGGGCAGCAAGCCUGUCAUCCACCCUCUGCUCCAGUGGCUGCUGCAGAGGCUCCCUGAGCUGAGGAAACGGGCCUACCUCGCCCGCUACCUCGUGAAGCUGGAGGUCCCCGCUGAGUUCCUGCAGGAUGACGUCAUCAGUGACACCUUUCACCAGUACGAGGAGCUCGUGGAGACCUUCAAGACCUACCACAGGGAGUGUGAGCAGCUGAAGACCUCCGGCUUCUCCACCGCAGAGAUCAGAAAGGACAUUGGGGUGAUGGAGGAGGAAAAGGAUCAACUCAUCAAACGUGUAGAAAGGCUGAGGAAGAGAGUGGACACAGUGCCCAACCACCAGCGCAUGUUGGAUCUGGCCAGACAGCUGCGCGUGGAGAAGGAGAGAGAAGAGGCCCUCGCCCAUCAGAAGCAAGAACAGAAAAACCAACUGUUCCGGGCGGAGCAGCGUCUGCAGGUCAGUCUGCAGAAGCUGAAGGACCUCCGUCAGGCCUCCGUUGACGCAGACCCAGAGAGCCUGAUGAGGAGACUGGAGGAGGAGAUCAAGAUUAACACGUACAUUGUGAUGGAGAAGCUGCCCAAGGAGCUGGAGAGCACGCGCCGCUCACUGCACUUCCUGCAGAAGGUGGCGUCGGAGCCGGCGCUGGGGCCGGCCGAGCUGCAGGAGAUGGAGGACAAGAUCAAGGAGGUCAGCGCUCAGAUCAACCAGCUGACGGAGAAGAGGAUGAUGAGGAGCGACCCCAUGGAUGACAAACUCACUCUGUUCAGGCAGCAGGCCUCCAUCAUCAGCCGGAAGAAGGAGGCGAGGGCGGAGGAGCUGCAGAGGGCCAGGGAGGAGCUGGCGGCGGCUGAGAGGGAGCUGACCCAGAGGAGCAGUCAGGCCCGCGGAGGGGACGGAGAGGAGGUGGUCCGGGGGGACGAGCUCAAGCGGUUGGUGGCCAAGCUGCGCGUUAAGGGUAGCACGCACAAGAAGAGGAGGGCGGAGCUGGCCGAGCUGAAGGCGGAGAACGGCGUGCUAGAACGCACCGAGGAGAUCCUCCACCAGAGGAACCAGGACGUCCUGCAGCAGCUGCAAUCCAUGGAGGAGCAGAAGGGCAUCUCUGGGUUCAGCGACACCCAGGAGGAGCUGGAGCGCGUCUCAGCUGCCAAGAGCGAGCUGGAUGACGUGAAGGGACGCACGCUAGACGACAUGUCUGAGAUGGUGAAGAAACUGAACUCGAUGAUAGCGGAAAAGAAGACGGCUCUGGCCCCGAUCAUCAAGGAGCUCAGGCCUCUGAGACAAGAGUGUCAGGCCUUGACCCAGGAGUACGAGGAGAAGAAGGCCCAGUACGACAGCUGUGCUGCUGGGCUGGAGAGCAACCGGUCCAAGCUGGAACAGGAGGUGAAGGCGCUGAGAGAGGAGACCGCGCAGGAGGAAAACCGAUACCACGAGCUCAACUGCAUGAAGCAGAUGGCUGAGGUGCAGCUGCAGCGUGCCCUGGAGGAAACCAGAGCCUACGUGUCGUCAGACCCUCAGGAGAGGAAGAAGGCUGUCAGAGAGGUGUACAUGAAGAGCAUUGCUGAGCAAGACACUCUGGGCAAGAAGCUGCGCGAGAAGCAGAAGGCGGUCAGGGAGAGCCACGGCGCCAACAUGAAGCAGGUGAAGAUGUGGAGAGACCUGGAGCAGCUACUGGACUGCAAGAAGCAGUGCUUCCAGCGGGCACAGAUCCAGGCCUCCACGGGCCAGGUGGUGGAGGAGGGGGCGGAGGACUGGCUGGUGCUGUGAACGGGUGCUGGAGGAGGGGGCGGAGGACUGGCUGGUGCUGUGACCAAGGGGCUGUCCCGCGGUUGGCCAACACCAUUAGUAAAUAUAUAGCGGAUAUGUUUGUGAUCCUUAAUUGAGUUAUCAAACAUCUAUUUCCUGAAGCAUGGAGGGGGUGGAGGACUGAGUGGUUAGUGAUCCAGUAAAUAUGAUAAUAGGCCUCGGAUGCCCUGUGAUGUCUCUAGGAAGGUGUGUUGAGGAGCAUGUGUAGUGGAAGGUGUGUAGUGGAAGGUGUGUAGUGGAACGUGUGUGAGGAAUGUGUUCCGGUAUAAGGGCUUUCACUCUUCUCUGUCCCACUGACAUGAUCCCAGCAUCGCAGCCUCCAUUUUCACACGUCUUUAAGAAUCCACUCCUCUCAAAGCGUCAUGAUAAGGACGUACAAAGUGGCCCCUGGGCGCGGUUCCACAUCGUUUGGAGCUAUUUUUAGCCCUGACCUUGGACCUGCUAUCUCAACAAUUGAGGAAUUCCAAGGGGAUUGCUGAUGAUGUUUCACACAGUGGUAUCUCAGAUACAUGCUCAUAUGGUGUACUGCUUCAAUUUCUUAUAUGUUGCCAGUAGUAGGUAGUAGGUUGUCUAAAUUAGAACCUACUUGUGUUCAACUAAAAGGGUUCAGCUUUUAUCUCUGCCUUAUUUUUACGACUAGCGAGUGAUACAUCAGAAGGUUGAGUUCUACCAUAAGGGCUUGUUUUGUUGGUAACGACUGCCUCACGUUUCCUGGGGCAGAAGGACCCGUUUUUAGUGGAGGAAGAUAUCAAUCAGAAGGACCUCUACUGUUGUGGCGUUGUUAAAAAAGAACAAUUUAUGAAUAUCAAUAAAAAAGAAAAGAAUA